UUUAGUAGAAUUAUUGAAUUGUAAAUAUCUUUAUCCCUGUCACUUUUACCAAACUCUACAUCAACAUCGCCUGUUCAUUGAAUUUCUUCUUGGAUUGAGAAAUUGAAUUCUGAAGUCACAAAAUGAUCAAUGUGAUCACACUUAUUUUAUUGACCUCACUUACACAAUGUCUGAACGGGGUUCCAAACGAGCAAAACUUGACCUUGGAGUUCGUUCAGAUUAUCUGGCGUCACGGGGAUCGAUCCCCGAUUAUGUUCUACCCGAAUGAUCCCUACUUGAAUUACUGGCCUCAGAAACCUGGCAUGCUUACCCAAGAGGGAAUGCGACAACAUUACGCAUUGGGAACCUACCUCAGAGAAAGGUACAUGCCUCAAUUUUUGAACUACCAUUAUCUUAGAAACGAAACUUACGUCUUGUCAUCAAAUGUGGAUAGAGCUAUUGAAUCGGCACAGUCGAAUUUAGCUGCACUGUAUGCCCCGAAAGAUUGGCAGGUGUGGGAUUCGAACCUCAACUGGCAGCCGGUUCCAAUUCACACAAUUCCGGCUGAUGAGGAUCAUUUUCUGGACGUCCCAAUGGAGAGCUGCCCGCGAUUUGAAAAGAUUGACCUAGAUUUUCACAAUAGCGAUGAAUACCAGGAAUACAAUAAAACUAUCUGGCCGUUUCUGGAGCAACUUGCGAAAUUCACAGGCGCUUUUUUGACACUGGACAAUAACAGUUUCAUUUAUGAUAAUUUAGUUUGCGAUCAGGCGCAUAAUUUAAAAUUACCAUCUUGGGCGACUCCUGAAAUCAUGAAACAGUUCGAACAAUCGGCUAAUUUUGAGUUCUAUAAUUUGUUCAGGACAAAAGAGCAGCAGCGUCUUUUAGGUGGAACUUUGUUCAAGUCGAUUCGAAAUGUGUUCAAAGACAAGAUUGAGAACAACGUCGAAAGAAAAUUAGCCGACAAAAUGGUAAUAUACUCUGCACACGACACGACUCUGAUUGCUUUGACUCGGCUGCUCGAUGUUUUUAACUAUCUGAGGCCACCAUAUGCAUCAGCACUUUUGUUUGAACUAUAUUCGGACGCAGAUAAAAACUAUUUCGUCAAGCUUCUUUAUCGAAAUGUCACAAAAACUUUCGACCACGAGCCUUUUGUUCUGGAGUUGCCGUUUUGUAAUCUGGAGUCGCUUUGUCCUUGGGAAACUUUUGUUGGAAAUAGUUCGAAGCUUGUUUUGGAGGACUGGAACCAAGCGUGUGAAAUAAGUUUACUGGAAAAUUUGGCCCAAUUACAUGAAAACGGUCACGUGGCCAGGUUUCUGAUUCUUGCCCUAGCGUUCAUUCUCGGAACUUUCGGAGUGUUUUUGUCGAUCGAGCUGUACUGCUGGUAUGUAAAACGGAGGGUCAUCGAUCCUUCCAAGUUGAAGUUGGAUAUCACCUUCUAUUCGUCGCAAGACAUUUUGAACGCAAACUCAGCCUGACCGAGACGAAAAAAUUAGGGAUGUUAACUUUCAAACUGUGAAAACAUGAUUUUGUAGCUGUCUUUUUUGUAUCUGUAAAUCUAGUUUUGAUGUGCUUGCGCAAAAUAUGAAAUAUCCAGUCAAAGCUGAAGUAUCAAAAGUAUAAAUUAGUCAUUUUAUUUACGAUUUAGUAGAAUGUGGAAUUUGUAGGACGCAAGUUCCUAUAUUUUCAUUUUAUCAUAGAUUCAAAGUUAUACUGAUUCAAACGUUCGCUAUUACCAGUGAGCUGGGAAAAUGGAAAAAAGUAUAUGCCUUUUUUCGUACUUUUUCCGCUCAUAAUAGAGUAAAAAAGGAAGCAAAAAAUAAAGCUUUGCUUUAAUUUGUCCUGAAAAACAUCAAAAGUUUCAAAGAAGAGCUCCAAACUGGAGUUUGUUAUGAACGCUCCUGUCAAAUUCCUUCAUGCGCUGUUAACAUCGCAAGAUGAAAAAUGAAAGUUUCUGUAUAUUCAUUUGAUUUUUUUAAGAUUUUUUUAGAAACCAGAAAAAAGAAAUACUUUUUUCCUGCUCUAUGAUUAUCCCUAGAAUAUGUACUUCUUAUACUUUUUAUCAUCUAGAUAGUGCAGUUUAAUUAGUUGGUGUUUUAUUUUAUUUGUGAGUUCUAUAUCAUUGUGAUCGUUUGUUCAAUAUCGGUUAGAUGAGCUUGGUUAG